AUGUAUCAUAUAUGGAUAACUUCCUACAGCUGCUGCCCAGAAAAUAAACUGGCACCCCGUUCCAACAUUGCUUUUGUGUUCACCAUGGAAUUACACAACAAAAGUCACCUGUCUGGUUAUCUGCCUUCGCCAGAAAAUCCAAGCGGCUACAUUUAUAUCCAGCUUCGUACAGAUCUCGUGUUUUCUAGUGCAAUCAAAUUCGCUAAAUACGUCAAGAAGCAGUCCAAGGAAGGUACCAGCCCAGAACGGCGAACAUCGACAAUGGGCGCCCAACGGAUGGGUAACUUGAGAGAUAAGUUUGAGAAAGGAGAAGCCGGUGAGAAAAAGGUAAAGAAGAAAGGUGUCCCAAAAAUCAAGUAUGCCGGGGCAGAAUCGGUGAAAAAUAAGUUCAUUGAGAACGCCACCAAAACGGCUGUGGAGACGGCGAAUGGUCCCAGAGGGCCAAAGCAAAUAACGCCGCCGCCGGAAGGCGUGGCGGUCGGUGUGUUGGAGAGCAAGCCACAACCCAGGGCCCCCGACGUGGUGACGGCUGACGACACAUUGGAACCAGUCGAUUUCAGUGUGAUCGGCGAAACAACCAAAAAUCUGAAAGCAAAAUUCAAGCAUUUGGAAGAGACCGGUGGUCAGGAAGAAGAGGAAGGCAAAUCGAAACCGAAGCCCCUCAGUGAAGAAGUACAAUCGGUGGCCGAGGAAGCGAGCAAAACACGCGCCCGAUGGAAGGAUAUAGAGAGUGGAAAAACAGAGGUCAGUGGAGCUCCGGAAUUUCGAAAAAUCGAUAUGGUCGGUGAAGGCUAUGGUGGAGUGUAUGAAAAUGAGCCGGAGACGCUGGAAAACAUCAUUCGCCACGGAGAGGAUAAAAGAGAGUUGCCUUCCGGGAUCAGCGCGAAAGAACGACGGGAACAAUUUCUUCGUGUGGCAAGUGCUUCAACAACGGUGAAGAAGGAACCGGCCAAG